GUGGUUGUGUGUGUGUAAGUGUGUGUAAUGUGUGUAAGUGUGUGUGUGUAAAUGGCUCCUCCUGAACAGUAAACGCGCUUCCUCGCAGCACAGACCAAGCAGAUUCUUAGUGCAAUGAACUUUAGGCGUUUAUUGACAUCUUCCGAGCUCAGCACAGUGUAGGGAUCCAGAGGACAGGGCUGCAGUGGUGUGUGUUUACACCAGAAACCUGUCAAAUGAACUCCGUCCGAGCGACGAGCCGCAGACCCCGGCGAGUGUCGAGGCCGCGCCCGGUGCCGCCGGAGAGAAACAACGCAGAAAGAGAUGAGGAAGUUCCUGCCGAGAUGGUUGCAGAAGAAUCUGGUCAAGGCGCUCAAAAUAGUCCGUACCAACUUCGAAGAAAAUCUCUGUUACCGAAGAGAACAGCUUGUCCGACUAAAACCAACAUGGAGGGUGCUUCCACGUCGACAACAGAAAACUUUGGGCAUCGGGCAAAACGUGCCAGAGUUUCGGGAAAGUCACAUGAUCUGCCUGUCACCCCAGCGGAGCAGUAUCUGCAGGUGAAGCUUCCAGACGAGGUGGUCCUGAAGAUCUUCUCCUAUCUGUUGGAGCAGGACCUGUGUCGAGCGGCCUGUGUGUGCAAACGCUUUAGUGAACUGGCCAAUGACCCCAUCCUCUGGAAGAGACUCUACAUGGAGGUUUUUGAGUACACGCGUCCCAUGAUGCACCCCGAGUCUGGGAAGUUUCACCAGAUCAACCCAGAAGAGCAUGAACAGCCCAAUCCCUGGAAAGAGAGCUUUCAGCAACUGUAUAAAGGCGCUCACGUGAAGCCCGGCUUCGCAGAACAUUUCUACAGCAACCCGGCCAGAUAUAAGGGACGAGAAAACAUGCUGUAUUAUGACACCAUUGAAGACGCUCUGGGAGGGGUUCAGGAAGCACACUUUGACGGUUUGAUAUUUGUCCAUUCUGGGAUCUACACAGAUGAAUGGAUCUACAUCGAGUCGCCCAUCACAAUGAUUGGCGCUGCUCCGGGGAAAGUAGCGGAUAAAGUCAUCAUCGAGAACACUAGAGAUUCGACGUUUGUGUUCAUGGAGGGGUCCGAGGACGCGUUUGUAGGAUAUAUGACAAUAAAGUUCAAUCCUGAUGACAAAUCAGCUCAACAUCACAACGCUCAUCACUGUCUGGAGAUCACCGUCAACUGCAGCCCCAUCAUUGACCACUGCAUCAUCCGCAGCACCUGCACAGUGGGCUCUGCAGUGUGUGUGAGCGGCCAGGGAGCGUCCCCCACCAUCAAACACUGUAACAUCAGUGACUGUGAGAACGUGGGGCUCUAUAUCACAGACCACGCUCAGGGCAUUUACGAAGACAAUGAGAUCUCCAAUAAUGCUCUAGCAGGGAUUUGGGUGAAAAACCAUGGCAACCCCAUCAUCAGACGAAACCACAUCCAUCACGGCAGAGACGUCGGGGUGUUCACGUUUGACCACGGCAUGGGCUACUUCGAGAGCUGCAGCAUCCACAGGAACCGGAUAGCAGGUUUCGAGGUGAAGGCGUAUGCUAACCCUACGGUGGUGCGCUGCGAGAUCCAUCACGGACAGACGGGUGGCAUCUACGUGCACGAGAAGGGCCGAGGCCAGUUCAUCGAGAACAAGAUCUAUGCAAACAACUUUGCGGGCGUGUGGAUUACCUCAAACAGUGACCCCACGAUCAGGGGUAACGCCAUAUUCAAUGGCAACCAGGGUGGUGUUUACAUAUUCGGCGACGGCCGAGGACUCGUUGAAGGGAACGACAUCUAUGGCAAUGCUUUAGCUGGAAUCCAGAUUCGGACCAACAGCUGCCCGAUCGUCCGGCACAACAAGAUCCACGACGGACAGCAUGGAGGCAUUUAUGUGCAUGAGAAGGGUCAGGGAGUGAUCGAGGAGAACGAGGUGUACAGUAACACGUUGGCCGGUGUGUGGGUGACCACGGGCAGCACACCUGUUCUGCGCAGAAACAGGAUACACAGCGGAAAACAGGUGGGCGUUUAUUUCUAUGAUAACGGUCACGGAGUGCUAGAAGACAACGACAUCUAUAACCACAUGUACUCUGGAGUUCAGAUCAGAACUGGCAGCAAUCCCAAAAUUAGGCGGAAUAAGAUCUGGGGUGGACAGAACGGAGGAAUCCUUGUUUACAAUUCAGGUCUAGGUUUUAUUGAAGACAACGAGAUCUUUGACAACGCCAUGGCCGGGGUUUGGAUCAAGACCGACAGCAACCCCACGCUCCGCAGAAACAAGAUCCACGACGGGAGGGACGGAGGGAUCUGUAUCUUCAACGGAGGACGAGGUUUGCUGGAGGAGAACGAUAUCUUCAGGAACGCUCAGGCCGGGGUCCUCAUCAGUACUAACAGUCACCCUGUGCUGCGCAAGAACAGGAUAUUCGACGGCUUUGCUGCUGGUAUUGAGAUCACGAAUCAUGCGACGGCGACAUUAGAAGGCAAUCAGAUCUUCAACAACCGCUUCGGUGGCUUGUUUCUCGCGUCUGGAGUCAACGUCACAAUGAAAGACAACAAAAUCAUGAACAAUCAGGAUGCCAUAGAGAAAGCGGUGAGCAGAGGUCAGUGCCUGUACAAGAUUUCCAGUUACACCAGCUAUCCAAUGCACGAUUUUUACAGGUGUCACACCUGUAACACCACAGACCGCAACGCCAUCUGUGUGAACUGCAUCAAGAAGUGCCAUCAGGGGCACGACGUGGAGUUCAUCAGACACGACAGGUUUUUCUGUGACUGUGGCGCAGGGACUCUGUCGAACCCUUGCACACUAGCUGGAGAGCCGACGCACGACACAGACACGCUGUACGAUUCAGCGCCUCCCAUAGAGUCCAACACACUGCAGCACAACUGAACCCACAGACCAGAGAUUACACGCUAGAAAUAAUUCAAUUCAAACAAACUCUUGGAGAAAGAAAGCAUUGCAUAAACGCAGAGAGGAAACACUUCUAUUUAACAGACGUUCUGCUGUGGAUUCGGCGUGGAUCCCGUUUCUCCUGCUGCUCUUGGGACGGCGGCGGUGACUCAGGAUUCGCGGGAUGGAAAAUGAGGAGACAAACGGACCCAGAGCGUAUAGACUCGAUGCUUCCCGUGCAGCCGUCACCGCGCUCUUGUAUAUGUAUGAAAAAAAAAGACCCAGCACUUCAGUUUUUUUUUUUUGUUUUUUUUAAAAGAUGAGUUCUUGGGGUUUGAUUUUAAUGCUUUCUCAUGUAGUUUUGUAUUUUCAAGCACCAAUCUUAAAUGUACUUGAAUGUCUUUUUAUUUUAUUUUAAGUAUAUUGAUUUCGGGGUUGUUUAUACCUUAGAUUGCUGUAUUUGUUCUCAUGUCGCAGGAUGUAUGUUCUUUCUGUGAAAGAGAUUCGAGGGAAAAGAAAGAGAAACACUAAGUAUUCUCCAGCAGUGUGAAAGUGAUGUGGAAGCGAUUUAAAUGAUUAGCCCCGCCCCCUCACCCUGAUUGGCCGCAAGCUGAAGUGACAUUGCUGGAGAUUUUAAGAGGCUUCGUGCUGAUUUGAAGCUCUGAUGAAUAUCUGUACAGCUUUUUUUGUGUUUUUCUCCAUGUAUUUGGUGACCGUGGGUUCUCAUACAGCCUGAAUUGUAUGCAUGUUCCAUGACAUCUAGACUUAAUAUAUUGUGAAGUACUCAAUAACCAUUAUGUAGCUGUUAGUAAUUAAUCAAAAGUUUAAUUUCCUAGUCAAAGAGGAACGUGUUACAUUUUUAAAAAUAAACUUUAUUAGAUCA